CAUUUGGUUCCGGUUUUCAUCUAUCCCGCGACGCCGAUCAACAACUACCCAACCUGCCUGUCCAUACCUACCUAUCUACCCACCUACACCUAGUCUCCAACACGAAACGCACUCGACACCAUAUCUAAUCGACCGACCCACACCACCGAGAGCCUCCGAUGGCCGACAAAGCAUCGACGUACGAGCUCGAAAGGAAGGAGGAUAUGCCCAGUGCCUGCCCAUCCUCAGGGCAACUGGACGGGGAAACACUCGAAACAACAACGCAACACCGUCACGGCCACCAUCAUGGCCCUACGAACGGCCUUGCUCCCUCGGGGCACACGCAACCCCAUUCCUCCGCCUCCUCCGCGACAGCUGUCAACAUGCCCACUGGCGUCGACAACAUUCCUCUCGACACCGUUCCGACCGUCGAGGACACCCCCGGCCUCCCGCGGCUAAAGUACAACAUGAUGGACUACAAAUGGAAGCUCAUCAUCGUCUCCUCCCUGCUUGUCAUCGAGUCGUCAUUGCUACCCAUCGCCCUCUUCUACGGCCUCUGGUACGGCACCGACCUUCGCCACGGAAUCGUCUUCGCCAUCAUCACCGCCUUCUUCGGCCUAGUUACUGGCAUCGAAUUCGGGCUCCGUUCCCUUAAACUCAUCCUCCCGCGCGACGAAUAUCGCCCAUUGGGUACCGAUCCCGUCAAAGACCGGUGGAAAUUCGACUUCACCCACAUGACGCUUUCGUUCGGGUACACGUACAUGACGGGCAUCUUGAUUGGCGCCUCGAUCCCGCACGAGCCGAUAGUAAAACCGUUGGCGAUGCCGGUGCCGCUUUUCUUCAUACAGAUGGGACUUCAAUUACUGUGGACGGGCUGGGCGAACAAAAAACACAAAAAGGCGCCGUGCAGGAUAAGUUCAGUACCCAAGGGGGGCAGGGUGCCGCCGCUGGUGCUCACGAUUGUGGAGGAUAUUGUGGCGGUGGAUGGUGCUGGGGGUAAGGAGUAUAGAAGGGCCAUCAAUGCCAGGUAUGAAGUCAGCAAGAGGUUCAGGGAGAUGAUUGCGAGGCAAAAUUGGUUUUGGGGAGUGGGAGCGCUGGUAGACGGGGCGGCUACGAUGAUUGUGAUUUGGACGAUACCGCAAGAAAUUGCGUAUGGCGUUGCUUGGGCGAGCCCCCUUAUCUUCUCAGCGAUAUGGACCGUCAUCACCGUCAUCUGGGUCAGACGAGAUCUACGACGAGAAAAGGCAGAAUGGCGAGCCAAUGCGGAGCCGUCAUUGUCCACUGAAGACACAACCACACAGGAGAUGCAACAACAGUCUGUUGUCUAAAGUCAAGGCUGGGGGAAAAAAAUAUAUGAAGAGUUUUGUUUCUUUGCAGGUCAGCGUACACUGGUUUGGAUGGUCCAGUUUCAUUUUCGCGUUUCCUUUUCCUUCGUCAGGCAAUAUACCCACGCAAUUUUUGACGAAUUAAAUCGGUUUCUUUUGCAUGAUCUGCUUUUUGCAA